GAUCAUGACACAUCUUCAACAUAAGGAAAAGCUUCCUUUCAGGAGGCGUUUAAUUAGUUAACCUUGGGGAGAGGUUGGCUCCUUCUUAUGGUUACUCGGGAAGAACAUAUGCACUCGUCUUGACAAGUAUAGGUGGAUGGGAACAAAAUGUGUCCCGUAAGUGUUAGAUAGUUUGCUAUGUUGGUCAAGCGCUUGCUAAUAGGAGCCACAUAAGCUAGUGCGCGCUAACGCUAGCCUAGUCAGUGAGAGAGGAUCGUAUCCAAAACAUUUAACGUUAACUACUUUGGGAGCUGUUUGUCAAAGAUUUCAACAGAAACUGUAAUUAUUGACGUUGAUCCACGGGACAAGGUACAAAUAAAGAGCAAGUAACUCUUCAGAGACACUGGACUGAAAUUACAUGUUGGAGAUGAGGAUGAACACAACCUUCCACUGGUGUUCCGUGAAUCUCACCUAGACUCAGAGGGUCUUGUGAGAGAAAGAGAGCACAACUGAAGGGGACUGUAAACGAGUCAUGAAUCUCCAUCAGGUCCUCACAGGGGCUGUUAACCCUGGAGACAAUUGCUUCUCUGUAGGGAGUGUCAACAAUGUACCGUUUACGGCCUACGCAUCAGGAUGUGACGUGGUGAUUCUGGGUAGUGACUUUGAGCGAUUGCAAAUCAUCCCAGGGGCAAAACAUGGCAACAUCCAGGUUGGCUGCGUUGACUGCUCGCUGCGGGGAGGACAGAUUGCAGCUUCCUAUGGAAGCAUUGUGUGUAUCUUUGAGCCAGUUCAUCAACCAGAUCAUAAGGACACACCAUUGACUGUGAGUAGCCUCUAAACUGAAACUGCCCAAUGGCAGAAGACUGGUCAGUUCGUUUUAGAGUCUAUGGUACGAAACCUGGCCUGGCAUCCAACAGGCAACAGUCUCUUAACGGGCUCCAGCUGCCUCCAGUUGUGGUCUAAUGUUGAUGGAAUGAAAGAUGAAGCUGAAGCGGGACGAAAGCAGGCAGAGAUGAGCAUGAGAGACUCUCACUCUGCCUGGAGGUGCAUUUGGCAGAGCAAGACGGCUUCUCCAGUCAGUUUAAUGAAAUUCUCUCCUGAUGGGGAAUUCUUUGCUACUGCUGGACAGGAUGACUGCCUCGUCAAGGUGUGGUACAGCACCAGUAAAUGGAAGUGUGGAGUUUCCAGGCUCUUCACACCUCCAGACCCCAGUAUCAUCGUCCAGGGAGAACUAGCCUUCUCCUUUGUCUACCUGGCCCACCCCCGCUCGGUUACUGGCUUCUCCUGGAGGAAAACUAGCAAAUACAUGCCACGAGGUUCAGUCUGUAACGUUCUGCUUACCUGCUGUAAAGACAGCGUGUGUCGCCUCUGGGCAGAGACGCUGUUACCAGGUGACAGUCUCCUGCCUAGUCACCAUAACAACCACACAAAUGGCCAACACAGUGACACUCUGAGAUGUGCCGGCCCUUCUUGGAAAAACACCUGCAAUGGAAAGGGACAAGGAAGAACAGCACAAGAAUUCAACUUUAAUGAGUCGUUGCACUCUCGUGACGUACCUUAUCCCUCUCUGACUGGCUGCCUGCCCCACAACCAGAGCCGACACUACAACCAUAGAAAAUGCAGCAACAACACACCUCAUGCCAAUGCUCUCUGCCACUUCCACAUCACUGCCAGUAUCAACCCUGCUACAGACACUUUGCUUCCCUCGAUCUCCUCUUUGACAUCGGUGGACGAUGAAGAACCUGGAGGACUUUUUACUGUCCAUUGGCUUAACAACAAAGAGCUUCAUUUCAUAGCUAUGGAAGUCUUCCUGCAGCAGCUCCGCGGCAGCUUGGAGCAACAGAACGAAUGCUCCAUGAAGCCUGAAGAUGAUGAUAAUUUUGAUGCAGAAGAAAACACUGGCAAAGCAACUUCAAUUGAGCACCAAGGAUCUGAGACAGCAGCUCUUCAUCUAGCUGCAGUGGGGCACCAGGUGGACGUUCUCUUAGAGGAGUGGAACAAAGGUGCCGACAUGUUGUUCAGCAUCCAUCCCAUGGACGGAUCUCUGUUAGUCUGGCACGUGGACUGGUUAGAUGAAUACCAGCCAGGCAUGUUCAGACAAGCUCAGGUGUCUUUUGUGUCUCGUAUCCAUAGCAUUCCCUGCAGUGAUGCAAUCUCUCUGAGCCAUAGUGUGGUUAUGUAUGCCUGCAAUAAAAACGUGGAUCUGGCUAUCCAGCAUGGCAGGCAGCGACCACCUGGCACACUGCCUCAAACCAAAUCUGCACUCAUUAGUUACGGAGGUCAAGGAAAAUCUGCAGCCAGCAGUAGUCUUCGACUGAGCAUUUUCACCCCCAACGUCCUUAUGAUUUCCAAACAUGCUGACGGCUCUUUGAACCAGUGGGCAGUCAGCUUCGCAGAGGAUUCUGCUUUCUCCACGGUGCUUAGUGUCUCUCACAAGUCACGGUACUGUGGCCACCGUUUCCACCUCAACGACCUGGCCUGUCACUCCUUACUGCCCCUGCUCCUCACCACCUCACACCACAACGCCUUGAGGACGCCUGAAGUAGACAACAUCCUGCCCCUCCAGCCCCAGGGCAAGGCCCACCCGGGUCUCGUUGGGUGGGUUUCCCAGGAUCCCAACGCCAUCUACAGUGAGCUGAUCUUAUGGAGAGUGGACCCAGUUGGCCCACUGUCUUUGUCAGGAGGUGUCUCUGAGUUAGCUCGGAUCAAUUCUCUGCACGCCUCAGCCUUUGCUAAUGUAGCAUGGCUGCCCACGCUUAUUCCCAGCAGCUGUUUAGGUAUGUAUUGUAACUCUCCCAGCGCCUGUUUCGUGGCCAGUGACGGUCACUCACUCAGGCUGUAUCAGGCGGUCAUUGAAGCAAAGAAACUCCUAAGUGAGGUCUCUAAUCCUGAGAUAUCAAAAUAUGUUGGUGAGGUUUUCAACAUUAUCAGUCAGCAGUCUACAGCAAAACCAGGAUGUAUUAUAGAGCUUGAUGCCAUCACUGACUUUCAGGGCAAAGAGACCCAGCUCCUGCAUGUUUUUGAGGAAGACCUGAUCCUCGGCAGUGGAAGAACAGAAAGCACACAGGAAACUUCAGAUUCUUUUCUCACAGCCUCGAGCCAGCCAGCCUUCUCUGCACGUUUUUUCCUUGUGGUGGUAGAAUUGACCCCAUCAGGUCGCUCACUCCUUCACAUGUGGCAUCUGCAUCUUGCUGCUCAACCUGUCACCAUGGAGGACACCAUCACAGAAAAGGAUUCUUCCACUGCUUCCUCUAUGAACAGCUCUCAGUUUAACUUUGAGACAUUCAGUUCCCCAGUCACUCCGAAGAGUAAACCCUGCACUUCCAAUCUGCAGAGUGCAUGUCGCCUCAGCCUCACAACACACAGGCUUUACAGCCAGGAGAUGGCUCUGCCAGCAGGAGUAGAGGCCAUCAGUGUUACACCCUCAGCAGGUCACCUCAGUGCAUCAUGCUCUCUACCAACUGGCCGUGUGCCUUACCUUCUUGCCACUUCCUGUUCAGAUGGAAAGGUACGCUUCUGGAGAUGUAAUGUCACAGUGACAGAGGAUUCCACUACAGACGGGUUGGUGUACCAGUGGGAGGAGUGGCCUCUCCAUGUGGAGGAGGGACUUCCCAAUGGCAGUGCAGUAAGCGUACCAGGUUACCCAAUAGAGGUCAGCUGCUGUCACACUGGACGGAUUGCAGUGGCCUACAGACUUUCGCGAAAUACUCCUCUUAACUCAACGCCUCAACAAAAUUCAAAUGCACGGUUGAAUUUCCCACCUGCCCUGGCUUCAUCCCCUUAUAUCCACCAUGACAACAGCCACCAGAUCCCAACCCUCACUGUUCAGCGCAGUCCAAAUGUUACCCCAAGCUCAAACCCACCUAGCAACAGGGAGCCACAGGUCUGUAUUGGUAUCUUCCAGUGUGAAUCCACUGGUGGUUCACAGUGGAUUCUAGAGCAGACCAUAGUCCUCGACAGUACAGAUCCUACAGCCAACAAUGGCACAUCUGGUAAUAUUAAUAUUCCAGGUAGUAAUAUGGACCUCUUCAUAUCCAACGAGAACUGCCUUGGUUCUUCUUCAAAGAACCUUGUUCAUCUGGACUGGGUCUCUCAGGAGGAUGGGUCGCAUGUUCUAACUGUUGGCAUUGGAACAAAGAUUUUUAUGUACGGCCGUCUCUCUGGUAAACCUCCAGAACUCGGUCUUUCGUACGAUGGCAGUAAAGACCAAAGCUUGUCCCGCCUUGUUCUGCUUCGAUCAGUGGAUCUGGUCUCUUCUGUUGAAGGCUCAUUACCUAUCCCAGUCUCCCUUUCAUGGGUACGGGAUGGUAUCUUGGUACUGGGCAUGGACUGUGAAAUGCAUGUCUACUCCCAGUGGCAGCCCCCGAAACCACCCCAGCCUAGUGCCACCACUGUCCCAGAUACCGACAUCAGUAGCAGCGUCUCCUCCAUCGUCUCUGCUGUCAGACAGAGCCAGGAGGAGGGGCUCAGCCCGGGGCCCCACAUGUCAUCACUGGCACCGCCAAAAAGGGCCCUCACAAGGUCAAUGAUGAGCCUGGCUCAAAAACUCAGUGGGAAGAAAACAGCUUAUGAUCUGCCUGUGGAGAUGGAAGACUCUGGAUUAUUUGAAGCUGCGCACAACCUCUUUCCCACCCUGCCGCAGUACCACCCGGUUCAGUUACUGGAGCUGAUGGAUCUGGGGAAGGUUCACCGUGCCAAAGCCAUUCUCUCCCAUCUGGUGAAAUGCAUUGCUGGAGAAGUCGUCGCUCUAAAAGACAGUACCACAAAUCCUGAGAAACGUGUACGCUCACGAACCAUCAGUGCUGGAGGCAGUACAGCUAGGGACAGAAAAAUGUUCAGCAAAGCUGAGAACUCAACCCCUGACUACACAGAGAUUGAUUCAGUACCUCCCCUGCCUCUGUAUGCCCUUCUGGCAGCUGAUGAAGAUACAUCACCAAAACCUGAUAAAGUGGGCAGUGUGAGCGGAGAUAGUGGGCAUGGUUCCAGUCACACAGACGCUUAUGAUGAGCUGUUUCAUACACCCAACUUAGUGGACCUAGACCCUCUGGACAGCGAUCAAGAGGAAAUGGGGAACAAGGUUAUUGACUUGUCCCAGUACAGUCCAACAUACUUUGGUCCAGAACAUGCCCAGGUUCUAUCCAGCCACCUCCUCCACUCCAGUUUACCUGGCUUAACUCGUAUGGAGCAGAUGUCGCUCAUGGCGUUGGCUGACACAAUAGCUACCACAAGCACAGACCUCAAGGACUGUCAGGGCAAGAGCAAAGGCGGAGAGACGCUGGAUGAGUGUGGUCUGAAAUUCUUGCUGGCUGUCAGGCUCCAUACAUUCCUCUCUACCUCGCUGCCCCCGGCACACAGAGCACAGCUGCUACGGCAAGGCUUGUCAACCUGUCAUUACGCCUGGGCCUUCCACUCUGAAGCUGAGGAGGAGCUGCUGAACAUGCUUCCUGCACUGCAGAAAGGAGAGCCCACCUGGACAGAGCUGCGCUCCAUGGGCGUGGGCUGGUGGUUGCGUAGCACCAACAAGCUACGUAGGUGUAUUGAGAAGGUUGCCAAGGCUUCUUUUCAGAGAAACAAUGAUCCUCUGGAUGCAGCUAUAUUUUACCUCGCACUGAAGAAGAAAGCAGUGGUGUGGGGAUUAUAUAGAUCUCAGAAAAAUGCCAAAAUGACAGACUUUUUCAGCAACAAUUUCACUGAGGACCGAUGGAGGAAAGCAGCACUGAAAAAUGCCUUUUCUCUGUUGGGAAAGCAGCGGUUCCAGCACUCUGCAGCCUUCUUCCUGCUAGCUGGCUCCCUUAAGGAUGCAGUGGAGGUUUGUUUGGAAAAAAUGCAGGACCUACAGCUGGCCCUGGUAAUCUCCAGAUUGUACGAGUCUGAAUUUGAAACUGCAUCCACCUACAAAAAAAUCCUCCAGAGACAUGUUCUGGGACAAGAUAAACAGAUUGCUGCACAUCCGGAUCCUUUCCUGCGGAGCAUGGCCUACUGGGUCCUGGAGGACUACAGCAGAGCGUUGGAUACUUUGCUCGAGCAGCCUGCAAACAACACCACCAACACCAGCUCUGGGUUCACAGGGGCUAGGUCUGACACUGGUUCCUCAGCUGUAUCCUCAUGUAACCCCGAGGUUUUCAACUUCUACACCUACCUCCGCACCCACCCUAUCCUCCUCCGGCGCCACUUUGGCUCUUCGGAUAAAGCUAAAGUGGGCCUGACUGCUGAGGGUCGCAGGGCUGACUCCAUCAGCCUGGAGGAGAGAAGGUUGUUUUUUACAGCUGCAUACGCACACCUGCAGGCUGGCUGCCCUAUGCUAGCACUUGAAGUGCUCUAAAUGCCCAAAGUACACAAGCGUUCCAAGCUCACUGACCAGGAGGACACAGCUGAGCACAGCGUUGGGAGUAAGAAUGGGCCAACGUCAGACCCAGACUGGUCUCAGGCAGCUCUGAAUGGUUACGAGUCAGGCGGGAGAUUAUCCAACAGCCAUUCAGAUUCAGUAAGUUUUGACUGGAGCCAGCCGUCACUGACACUUCCAGAUGAACCCUGGAGCUAAAGUGGGGACAGUGACAAAGAUGAUGAAGAUAAUGAGGAUGAAGAAGAGAAUAAAAAUGGUAAGAGUGGCAGAAGUGCUGACAGCGGCAGUGUGCUACAGGACACACAGGGCAUGUCGCCGCUAACAGAGACAGUGACAGGGGAGGACAAUGAGGACACAAAUGACUUCAUAGACCCGUCUGAGGACAUAUUGGCGGCCCAGCUGAAGUUUAGUGCCUGUCUGAAGAUCAUGACCCAUGAGCUUAGGACACUGUCAACAGGGUACGAGCUGGAUGGAGGGAAGCUACGUUACCAGCUCUAUCAGUGGCUGGAAAGAGAGGUACUUACUCACCAGCACUGUUGCAGCUACAAACCUGCUCUACCAGAGCUGUCUGUUCAGGGUGAUGCCUCCAUCUCUGGGCUAGUGAAGAGGAACAGGUGAGCCUACCCUCGUGGUGAUAGCCAGAGGAGGAGAAGACACUGGCUGCAGAGUAACCAGCCUUUACUCAGGAUGUUUCUGAGCUACUGUAGCUUGCAUGGCUCCCACGGUGGAGGACUAGCGUCUGUACGAAUGGAGCUCAUAUUACUGCUUCAAGAGUCACACCAGGAUGACUCUAUCCACUCACAAGUGACGGCUGUCUCUCAGUCCACGUCUAUCCCUCUGCUAAUGGCCUGCACAGCAAACGUUAAGACGGUGGUGGCCAAUCCUAUUGUGUAUCUGACCAACCUAACUCAUGACAUCUUACAGACCAUCAAUGCCCUCGACUCUCCUCCACAUCCUGAUGUUGUCAACAAUGAGAUCUAUGUGAUGCACACUUUGGCUGCCUCCCUUUCAGCCUGCAUAUAUCAGUGUCUCUAGGGACAUACCUAUAGUCAUGUGGACCAUUUUACAGGGAUUGUGUAUCAGAGUGUUCUGCUAUCUCAGAAGCAGCCCAUCAGAACUGUCAGCAUGGACGAAUCUGUUCAGCCCAACACUUCACCAGCACAGUGGCCAGGUAUCGCCUCUUUGAUUCGUCUCUUGAGCUCAGCGGGUGAGGAAAGCCAGCCGGGCUUAGCUGUGCUGCUCUGUGAGAUCCUCACUGCAGUCUUCCUCAGUUUGUUUGUUCACGGCAUGGCCACUCACUCCUGCAAUGAGCUGUUUCGCAUUGUGGGACACCCACUCAACAGCAAGCUUUGGGUGACGGUAUUUGGAGGAGGCGCUCGAACCCCUGUUGUAGAGAAACCAGCAGCCCAAUGAGAGCAUCCUCUCCAGGUUAGCAUUGACAGUUCAGACAGGAAGUCAAGGCGUUUCAGGCUUCUGUCAUCACGCAGUGGAUCGAAGGAAGAGUCUGGGAUAGAAAGGGAGGGGCCUUCCAGUCCCAGGCCGGUGCCUGUGGUGGAACAGGAAGCAACCUCCAUCUUUAAAGAAAGAUUUGUCCCUCCAGAGCUCAGUAUUUGGGAUUACUUCAUCACAAAGCCAUCAUUGCCACUGUCUGAAAACAGAAUUGAGUAUGACUCAGAGGAGAGUGAGGGCAGUCAAGAUGAAGAUGAAGAGGAUGACGAUUUUGAAGAUGUUUUUGACCCCAACUCUCCACAAAGAGAGCACUCAAACCACAAUUCAUACAGUUGGUGUUUAAUGCGUCUGGCGAUGGUUCAGCUGGUGUUGGUCAACCUCAAGUCCUUCUACCCCAUGGCAGGAUAUGAUCUAUUAGAUCUGCCCGUGGGCUCUCCUCUGUGCCAUGCAGUGCUGAAGACACUGCAGCGCUGGGAGCAGGUGCUGCAGAAGAGGCUGGAGAUCUUUGGGGGACCCCCUUCAAAAUACAUUUCCACACACCUCCAGGAUGAGACGGCCACACCAGGCCCUGCCCUCCUUAGGCAUAAGGCACUGUUUGAGCCGUCCAACACCCCCUUCAGGUCGAGCCACCACUCAGCGCUGCCAGUGAAGCGGUUGUGGCAGUUUCUGGUCAAGCAGGAGGAAGUACAGGAGACAUUUAUUAGAAAUAUAUUUACCAAGAAACAGGACCCUAAUGAGUCGAUUGAGGACCAGACUGACAAUAUGAAAUAUUCAGGAAUGGACGAGACAGGAAACAAUCAGACUGAGUCAGAUCUGGGUGGCCUUGGAGGAAAGGCACGUAUCAUUCAUAAGGAAUCAGACAUCAUCACAGCCUUUGCCAUCAAUAAGGCAAAUCGAAAUUGUUUAGUCAUGGCCUCCACCCAUGACAUUCAGGAGCUGGACGUGUCCUCCAUCUUGGCCACACAGAUCUUGACAUGGAUCGAUGAUGAUGAAGCCGAAGCCAAAGGUGUUGGUGGUGAUGACUUCUUGGUGGUCCACGCUCGCGAUGACUUUGCCGCUCUCCACGGCACCACACCAUACACCCACAGCAGCCCCGGCACACCCAUCAACAUGCCGUGGCUGGGAGGCCUGCAGACCGGGAGAGGAGCAUCCGUGAUGAUCAAAAGAAAUAUCAACAAUGUGAGAAGGAUGACCUCCCAUCCUACGCUGCCUUACUACUUGACAGGAGCUCAAGAUGGUAGCGUGAGGAUGUUUGAGUGGGGUCACUCUCAACAAAUCAUCUGCUUCAGGAGUCCAGGGAACUCCAGAGUCACCAGGAUCCGAUUCAGCCACCAGGGGAAUAAGUUCGGUAUCGUAGAUGCUGAUGGAGGUCUGAGUCUCUGGCAGACCAACACCAGCGGGAACGCACCCAAACCAUACCUGACGCUGCAAUGCCACAACAAGACAGCUCACGACUUCGUGUUCGUGGGCUCCUCCUCCCUCAUCGCCACCGCGGGCUUGUCGACAGACAACAGGAAUGUGUGUCUGUGGGACACUCUGGUGACUCCUGCCAACAGCCUUGUACACGCGUUCUGCUGUCAUGAGUCUGGUGCCACCGUGCUCUCGAUGGCCCCCCGGCAGCAGCUCCUUAUCACUGGUGGGAGGAAAGGAUGGAUCAGCGUCCUGGAGCUUCCCCACAGGCAUCAGCGCCAGAGCUUCCAGGCCCAUGACUCGCCGGUCAAAGCCCUGGCUGUGGAUCCGACAGAGGACUGCUUUAUCAGUGGCUCGGCCGAGGGCAACAUUAAGGUUUGGAGCCUCGCCACCCAGUGUCCGCUCUACACCUUCCCCAACGAACACGCCCGCCAGUCGCUGUUCAGGAACCUCGGCACGGGCGUCAUGCAGAUCGAGGUGGGACCCACCAAUCACAUCUUCUCCUGCGGCGCCGACGGAACCAUGAAGAUGAGGGUCCUCCCCAACCGCUUCAGCGUUGUCAACAACAACCACGGAAACCUCAAGAACGACGUCAAGUUCAUCAUAUAGACUGGAGAAUGUGGCGUUAAGACUAAGUAAUGUGAAGAGCAUACUGUGUCCAGGAUGAGCUGCCCAUAUUUUUGUGGAACACCGGGGUCGGCCGCUUUGGAUGAACGAUCCUGCGACAGAGGAGCGAUGCCAAGUGUUAUCAACCAAUAGAAAUGAAGAGCGGGUUUGAUCCAGGGGUCCGCGCAGUCAUAUGAUCAAACACAAAUGCAGAGCUUAGUGUUGAAAUGACCACAAUUCGACAACAAAGCCACACAAACACACUAUAAGUGUCUGAGCUGGCAAAACGUGGGUACAGGGUAUCGACUGAAGGCACAUUCAAUCAGAGGAAAGACGCAACGUCUCCUCGGCAACAUGUGGAGAAGACUGCCUUUUUGUUUUGCACAGGAAGUGAAGCAGUAAAGCAAGACGGUGAAGAGUCUGAAGCUGCCACGACUUUUUUUUUGUAAAUCAGAUCACCUUUUCUUUGGCUCAUAUUAGUAAAGCAGCGGGAGCUCUCGUGGACUCAUGAAGCGUUCAGGCGAUAACGCGGACUGCGUAUCCUAACAGAAACGAUAAGCAAAUCCCCGCGUGGGCCCUGAACGUCGCCGCAAACUGUUGAACCCGCUCAGCAGCACAAUGCAGUAAGGCCAGUCAAUAGCGUACAAAGCACAUCAUAUCCAGUCAUAAGGAAUCCCGGCGCAUUCCGGUGCUCCAUCAACUCAUUAGUGAAGUCAAAUAAAAGACGCCAGCUCGGUUGGGAAAAGCAGGUGCUUCUCACGAUCAAACCAACAGAAGUAACAGUAUGUUUAUGCUCAGAUUUAAGGCUGAUGCACUUGAAAUUAACAGAUUAGUUGCCUUUGCUUUUGUUGAAGUUAAAAGAAUAAACAUGAUCAAACUAGAAAUAAUUAGUGACUUGUGUUUGCAUCUGAUCUUAAUUCAUGGACUACCUGAAUGCGCCAUUUCUCUCUCUCUCUAUUUGCACAUAGAAAGUAAGCUCAAUUAUAUGUAGUAUAAUGCAUAUACAUAUAAGUACAGGCAGUCAAAGCCUUCGGUAUUCAGAAUAAUAUAUUGUCUCGGCCUAGAUUUAACCAGUGGUAUUAUUGUUAUAAGUGUCCUUAAGCUCUAAAACCUACUUCUGCCAUUGUGGCUCAGUACUUAUACUGUUGGUCCUGAGAAUACUAAUUAUUAUUGAUAUUCCAUUGCACAAAGUAGCUUUAAUUUAAAAUUGCCCAUCGGGACACCACCAAUAAUACCUUUUCUGGCUCCAUUUAUGUUUAUUGAAAUGUUAGCACAUGUAGCACGAACCUUCGCUGUGGACAAUGGAAACGGGUCGGUGGCUCAAAAUUUAAAUGGAAAUUGUAUUUUGUUGUGGAAAUGUUUUAUUCCUGUAACAAUGCACUUCUCUUCUAUCCGCUUCAGGCUUUAAUUUUCCAUAUGGACCAUAAUUUAAUACUGCCUUGAAAAAAAUAUUGAUCGCCUCAUACUAUGCUAAAGCGUUUUUUGUUUUUUUUUCAUUUUAUAUCAAAGGAAUGCAGCUCAUCACCUUCAGCACAUGCUUAGAAAUGUAAUUGAGGUCGGUGUAUAUAUGAUGCGUCUUCCACAUGAAUCAGAAAGAGGUUUAUCAACAGAGCUGUUAAGCCUGAAGGAGCAUAAUCCAUAAAGCUAACUGCCCAUAGAGUUUGUAUUGCUGCUGUCGAGAGACAAAUGUACAUGAUUAGCUUAGUUUUCAGGAAGGACAAGCUGAGGAAAACGUUUUAGAUGAAGCAGAUUUAUUGCAGUCGAGUAUAGUUGGAUCCAUAAACCAGGCUUCUCGUUAUAAUGGCACAAUCAUAACGACUAGUCGUAGAUAAACAGUGUGUAAUGACAAAAGCCACUCGAAGAGUAACGCCAGGUAUAUUUAUAAUAUAUGUUCAUAGGAUUAUAGACUGAUCAAACUGCAGUUUGUUGCUUUGUUCCAUCAUUUGCCAUUUCAUUCUUUUUCCUGUCGUUUCUUCAUGUUGGCUUUCCAAAUAAAAAAA